CAGGAGGGGGAUUCAGAUUACCAGACUUUACCUUAGAUCCUUCGUGGAAUGAGAUAAGAGUGCAGAACAAGCACACAGAUGACAACCGUGCGGGGUCACACACACACCCCCCCCCCCCCGCUGACCAGAGAAAAGCACCCUUCCCCCUGGCUCUGCUUCUGGCUUCGGGGCCUGGACACAGCCCUCUGGAGACCCCACUUCUGUGCCUUCAGAACCCACAGGUGGAGCCCGACUCCCCUGUCCCAGGGCAGGCCCUGUGGGCGAGGAGUGUUCUCUCCAGUGGGGAAUGAAAAGAGGACGUGGAAGCGGCCGGUCCCGGCCCCUUGGGUGGCUGAGGGACUUGUGUCCACAGCACAGCAUACCGGCCCGGCCUCAGGGAGCCCGUGAGUGCACGUGCCCUCUUUAUUGGGGUGUCCUAGGGGCUGUCCUGGGGCUCCCCUGGGGGACUGCCCUGGGGCCCUCGCUGGGAGCAGGUCCCUCGGGAGAAACAGGAGGGUGUGCGCUGGCAGGGGUCCCCAGCAGGAUCAGGAGGCUGCUCUGAAGACUCCAGGGGUGGCAGCGAGCCGAUGGGGCGCUGGGUGAAUGAGGGCGCGCUCACUGUGACCCGGUGAGCAGCAGGACGCACCUCGGGGCGGGGCUGGCCAGGCGGGCCGGGCUGGGCCCCACAGCGGCCCAAGGGCCCAAGCGGGAAUCUGCCCUGCAGCCGCGCCCAGGCACGUCCCCAGGUCCCCAGGGCGCACACGCCCGUGCGGGCCGGCCUUUAUCACUGAGCCCCGAAGAAGGCAGGGGGCAGAGCGGGCGGGGACCCAGCUCGCGGUGUGCCCGGGAGACUGACACGGGCCGGGCCACGCGCGCGCCAUGGGCCGCUACACGGGCGCGACGUGCCGGCUGUGGGCCAUGCUGGUGCUCACGGGCGGCUUCUUCGUGGCCGAGCUGGUGUCGGGCUACCUGGGCAACUCGAUCGCUCUGCUGUCCGACUCCUUCAACAUGCUGUCCGACCUCAUCUCGCUGUGCGUGGGCCUGGUCUCUGGCCACCUGGCGCGGCGCACGCGCCGGGGCCUGCGCGCUACCUACGGGUUGGUGCGCGCCGAGGUGGUGGGCGCGCUCUGCAACGCCGUGUUCCUCACCGCGCUCUGCUUCACCGUCUUCGUGGAGGCCGUGCUGCGCCUGGCGCGGCCCGAGCGCAUCGACGACCCGGGCCUGGUGCUGGUGGUGGGCGCCCUAGGGCUGGCGGUCAACGUGCUGGGGCUGCUCAUCUUCCAGGACUGCGCCGCCUGGCUGGCCUGCUGCUCCCGGGCCCGGCGCGCUCGCCGGCGGCCCAGAGACCAGGACGGCGGCCCCCGGGGCGCCCAGGACCCGGCGUUCGCCGCCGCCCCGCCCGGCCCCAGCCGCGCGGGGGCGCAGGACAAGGGCGCCACGGUGAUCGCCAGCGUAGCAGGUGAUUCCCUGAACACCCAGAACGAGCCGGAAGAGACUGUGAAAAAGAAGAAGUCGGAAGCCCUGAAUAUCCGAGGGGUGCUCCUCCACGUGAUGGGCGACGCCCUGGGCUCCGUGGUGGUGGUCGUCUCGGCCGUCAUAUUCUACGUGCUUCCUCUGGAGAGCACGCAGCCGUGUAACUGGCAGUGCUACAUCGACCCCAGCCUGACUGUCAUCAUGGUCAUCAUCAUCCUGUCGUCUGCCUUCCCGCUCAUCAAGGAGACGGCCAGCAUCCUCCUGCAGAUGGUACCCCCAGGCGUCAACAUGGAAGAGCUCAUGAGCAGACUCUCCGCCGUGCCCGGCGUCAGCGGCGUGCACGAGGUCCACGUGUGGGAGCUGGUGAGCGGGAAGGCCAUCGCCACGCUGCACGCCCAGCUCUGGGAGGCCCAGGCGCGCCCGGACGCCAGCGCGGAACUGCGGCGCAUCUUCCACGGCGUGGGCGUCCACAGCGUCACCAUCCAAUUCGAGCGCGAGGACUCGCCGGCGGGCCCCGACUUCCUGCAGGCGUGCAGCAGCCCCUGCGUGUCCCGGGCCUGCGCUGAGAAGCUGUGCUGCCCGCCCGGGGCGCUGCCCCUGGCCCACGUCAACGGCUGUGCCGAGCGCAACGGGGGCCUGGCCCCCGAGGACCAGCGCUGGGCGCACAGCACGCAUUUCUAGCGCGGGGCCCGCGGGCAGGCUGCGGCCGAGGCCGAUGGGGGCUCGGCGUGGUCGGGCGCGAUGCGCGCGCGCUCGGGACCCUUUCCGUGCCCGGUGCCCCGCUCUGCUCUUGCUCCCCAGAGCACCGCAGUAGGUGUCCGCGGGGUCCUCUGCAGCUCUCGCCUCCUGCGAUCGGGGUGCUGGGGGAUCGAGGCGCCCACUUCAGGCGGACAGGCGCUCACCGGCCUCCACAGCCGCUGCUUUGCAAACAGCACGCACCCGGCCCUUGGGUGAGGUCAGCCCGAGGUUGUGGAAGCAACUAAAGGAUGGAACGGCUGUGUUUUUCCCAAUCUCCUCGAAAAUCAUCCAAGAGGAAGCUUAGAGACUUUCGGCACUGCUGAAAGAUCCGCGAUGCAUCUUUUGAUGAACGUAAGGGACCGACUUGAGCUGGGUAGUGUCACCCCGGAGGGCAGGGCUCGGUGUGGGGAUGGGGAGCUGGGUCUCCUUUGCAACAUGCCCUUUUCGCCCGGAAGUGGGGAAUAUUUCUACUUACUAGAUUAUGACCCAAGUACUUAUUUGCUGUUUUGAAAUCUCCAGUGGGCUCGAGGUCACUUGGCCUCUUGCUGAUUUUCUUACCUGUCCAGAUGUCCUUGGUCUCCUUUUAUUUUUAUUAUUUUUAGUUUUUAUUUUUUUGGUACCGGGAAUCGAACUCAGGACCUUGCUGGAACCACUGAGCUAAAUCCCGGGCCCCUUGGUCUCCUUUUAUAUGAUCACAUUGAUCUAUGCCGGGUUUGCCAGGGGAAAUGAGCAUUCAGGACCCGAUCGGUCGUUCCUGCCAAGUAAACCAGCCUGGCUGCCUUGUCUUUAAUUAGACACAUUUUAGGGUAUUUAUUAUAGUUCCCAGCUGGUAACUUGAUGGGAAGGUUGAGAAUUCAUUUAACUGCUGCUUUUAACGUGUUUUGAGGACCUCAGCAUUUUCUUUUAUGAACAUGUUGCCAAAUUCAAAUAAAUUUAUUAUAAUCUGGUUCAAUCACAUAACCCAACUCUAUUAGUAGUGGGAAAACAUCUGCCACGCAUUUAACACAUUGUUUACGCAUCAGGAUUUAGUCUUGAAGAUGUAAGGAAAUGGACAGUAUCUUAGAGAAUCAGGGUCUGCUACAGUAGGUUGCAAAAUUGACAAAACAGUCAUCUACUGGGCUGUGAGCUUUGAGUCCUAUUUAGAACCUGGACAGGAUUCCACAGAAGUGUGGUGAUGAUAAUAGAAACAGCAUCCACAUCAUUUAGAAAAAUUUCUCCUUGCCAGGCACGCUAGCACGAGCCUGCCGUCUCAGCUUCUCAGGAGGCUGAUGCAGGAGUAUCGCUUGAUCUCAGGAGUUUCAGGCCAACCCGGGUAACAGAAUAAGAUCCUGUCUUAAAAAAAAAAAUUGUCGUAAUCCUAAAUUCAAAGGCUGAUAAGUAAGCAGCUGUGAUCAGUAGCAUAGGAAAGUCUUUGUUCCUUGAAAGUUCAUAGUUUGAUUUUAAUUUGGCCAUAAAUAGAAAAGUGCCUAAAAAUGUUCUUAUGUCUAGAAAUUCAUCGGAUUAGGUUAGAUGCACUUUAUAAGCUGAAGGGGCAGAAAAUAACAGGCCAGUACCUUGAUUUUUAGCAUAAGUAUGUGACUCAAAGGAUGCAGGGUUCUCUGAGAGAAACCGUGGGGAUCUGGGAACCACACUCCUGUUACUUCUUGUUUUUGGUACUAGGGAUCGAACUCGGGUCCUUCCCCUUGUGAGGCAGGUGGCGGAACCACUGAGCUAAAUCCCCAGCCCACUCUUGUUACUCCUUGUUUGAGCUGCUGGAGCCACAGCUGAAGAAGAAAUUUAUUCCGAAUUGGAAGCUCUAAUUUACUUUCACAACAUGCUGCCUUUAUUAAAUGGGAAAACUGCAAUUUUACAGUUUUUGUGCAAGCGUCUCAAGGAAGACAUUUUAGUUUGCAUCUAAGUAAUGCAUUUGAUCAGUCGCUGAAGUAUUUUUCUGGAAAGAGAAAGGCACUUAAUUCCAAAAUAAAUAUAACCUCAGAAGACUGCCUCAAUUGACAUUGAUAAGCACAUCAAACUGUGGACCUGGCAACGAUACCUUUUUAAGAUGGGGUGCCUGAGUGGACUUAACAGCGUCUGGAAAGCCUGGUAUGGGUGGCAGCUUGGGGUGGUGUUGAGUGUGCCCCCAGCUCUGUGACCCCUGCUGUGUAAUGUUUUACUGGAUUCUACUUUCCUUUGAACUGACCUGCCUUUUUGUUUUGUCAAACAGGGACUCACUAUGUAAUUCAGGCUGGCCUCAAACUCACUUUGUAGCUCCGGCUGGCCUCAAACUUGCAGUGAUUCUCCUGCCUCAGCCUCCUGAGUGCUGGGAUCACAGGCGUGCGCCAUCAGCUGGCUGACCAGCCUUUGAAUUCUCCCAAGGAAAUGCAAGAAAAUUUUCUUUUUCCCUCUGCAUCAGCAACGUUGGUAAACAAUGUAUUAAAACACAGUAGAUUUUCUUUGAGAGUAGAAAAACCGUGACCCUUAGUUUGUAGCUUCCUUCUAGAAUGUUCUUCCCUUUUUUUGAAGUACUGAAAACAGUUUUUUUCCUGAAGUGCUGGGGAUCAAAGCCAAGUCUUCAUGCAGGCUGCAGCUAAAUCCCACCCAGGAAAUGUUGCUUAGAAAGUGUGUUAAGUGGGAGGUGUUCCCUGCCGGUGGCCGGGGCACUAGUCCUCCCUAGCCCUCCUGCUGGCCGGGCACCUCCUCCACCAGCAGGAGCCCCAGGUCCUUCCCCGUUGUUUCAGAGCAGAGAGGACCAAUAUGGUCUGCUUCACUUCAGUUUCCAGCUUGGAGUCUGAAAGUGGAGGUUAGGGUUCUCCAGGGGUUUGCCUGUUAGGGUUACCCUCGGGGCCACCAGUCUCCCUUGUUGACAAAAGAAAUACUUCCGACAUUUUUGAUAAGAUGCCAGUAAAACAGGGAGACACUCUUGGGGGAAAAAUUGAAAAUAGGCUCUGUAUUUAGUGACUUCCCCCCCACAAACUGGGGAAACACUAAUGGCAGUAAAUCAGCAACUCCAACGUUCAAUGGGAAUGAGUGAUUUGAAUGUCAAAAGUAAAAACAAAAAAUCUAGCCUAACAACAAAAUACCCCAGCACAAAUCAGGGCGGUAGAUGUUGUGUUACACCAAGGCAGUGCCCUGGGUCGUGGAAAGCACUUCUGCUAUGCUGGAGCUGGCUGUCUCAGUCGGGAAUAUCAUGUUUUGAACCCUCACAGGCUGACCUGGGGCUGGGGACAGGCAGCCGCACCCUGGCUCCCCCCGCAGGGCCCAGGGUCCCAGACCUGCCUCUGGGUGCCCUGUGUGCCCCAGCAGGGAAGGGGGAGUCCUGUCCCUAGUUCUGAACCACUAGCUACAACCAAGAGUGGGUUAGGGAGAGUGUUGAUGGCUGUCAGUGUCACCAGGUCUGCAGGAUUCGCUCUUUAAAAACAAGAUUUUUAUUUUAUUUUAUUUUUUGGUACUAAGGGUUGGACUCAGGACCUGUUGUUAAAUAUGUGCUCCACUACUGAGCAACACCCCUGGGCAAACAAGAUUUGUUUUGGAGACAGGGUCUGCCUAUGUAGUUCAGGUUGAUCUUGAACUGACAGCAAUCCUCCUGCCUCAGCCUCCCGAGUGCUGGGAUCACAGGUGUGCACCACCAAGCCUGGCUAAGAUUUUUUUUUUUGGUACCGUGGAUUGAACUCAGGACCUUGCACUUUCACGGCAGGUGCAGUGCCACUGAGCUACAUCCCCGGCCCCCUGGCUAAGAUUUUAAAAAUGAAAUCAAACUAUCCAUGUCUCAAUAGAGGAAUUUUGGAAAUUAUACACUUUGGAAAAUAAAAAGCCUUUACAAAUGCUAUUGUGCAGGCCAGACACUACCACGACUCUGAGGAACAAAAGCACUGGCUGGCGUUUUUCAGAGUCCAUUUCUUUGGUUCUUGAUUUUCCUCAGUUUGAUGAGCCCGCUGCUAAACAAGGCUAGAAAAUAUCAACACAGCUGAUUCUUGGGGUUAAGGUCACUUCUCCUUUGUACUUAAGUUCACCAAUUUAAGCCUGAUGUUUCCUGUUCUGGAUAAGCUGCUCAUCUCCGUGCUCAGGAGGAGUCGAGACGUUAGAAAAGCACUUUACUGCUCAUGGCCCCGAGUCCCUUCCAAACACUGUUUCCUCAGCGAAGGCAAAAUGUAUUGAUUGCAUUUCAAAGUAGCUUGCUUUUAAAUGUAUUUUCCCACUCUUGUGGUUAAAGGCUGCGAGAUGGACAGACAGACAGACUAGAGGAAGUGAGGCCCCUCUUUCUUGCUCGGCAUUCAGCUGUCCAGAGCGGCUGAAUGUGUGUGAGAACAAUCCAGAGAGGCCAACUUCUGGGGACAGGGCCCCUCCUGGAGGUCUGGGCCCAUGUUACGGUUUUGUGGAGUUCUGUUGCUUGAAGUCCUUCGCUCCUCACAGGUGAUUCUGCCAAAGGGUGACUGUCACAUUUGGGGACAUCCUCAAAACAUUAAGAUGCAGAGUUUAGAUAACUCAUUUCUGGUUGAUUGUGAGUCCUCUAGCCACAUAUGUGCACCUGCACACCUUUCGGAGGAGGUGGAAGAUGUUCAAUGGCGCUGUCAAUAAAAAUGUUUAAAGAAUGAAAACACAGCCCAGAUGUUUGUGGAAAUUAAACAGAAAGCCCAAAGUAGCUGAACUCAUCUUGUCUUUGCCACUUAGCUUAUUACCCAGGUAAUAAAGAAUUGGUUUGGCUGUAAUAAGGUG